CAAUCUGAUUCGGUAUAGCUGUCGAUAUAAAAACGAACGUCGGCAACGUAGGCAUUUAGAAAAAUCUUCUUUAUCGACGUCAAUCAAGUUCCUCAACGUGUUUCAAUUCACCUUAUCACAAAAUGUGAGAUAUACAUACAAGCCGUAGUCUUUAGGAAAAUACAUUGUAUAAAUCGCAUUUUAAUUGUACAACUAAAUAAACAGGAUCUAGCGGUGUGCGUCCCUUAGGGAUUGGACUGUGUAUAAAGUAUUUCUACUGUGCGUACAAUUGAUUAUAAGUAUCACUGUCUUUCAUUAAAGAAAACGUAAUUCAAUUAUGAUAAAUUAAAACCGAUAAGGUUCAUUCUCCAGCUACCGACAAACGAUGUUUUUAGGAAAUCAUUACCCCUGUUAAAAAAGAAAUACCGAAACAAGGACUUCUCUUCUAACUUCUGCUUACUCCAGGAUAACUUCCUGGUGGUGCGGGACCUCAAGAAACUGGGCUUUGCCCCUGGGUCUGAUGUCUUCGUCGAGAAGUCCUUAAACUUCGUCCUGUAUACUCUGGCAAGAUUCCUUGCAGCUUCCGUAAUACAAUUUCAGCUGACCCGCUUUGCUCUCUUGCUUGAAACAUACAUUUGUGUCCGUAAUUAUGAGAGUGGUUUACCUCAAAAAUCUAAAAGAAAAUGAAUUUAUCCCAUAUUUUGUGUUGCAUACAUUGAAAUUACAAGAAUGUAAAGUGAAUUUUUAAUAAACAAAAAAAUGACAGAUCACUUUCGUAAUUACUGCAUAAUUUUAUUAUUAAAAAAACAUUUCUUUGUCAUGCAUUUGGCCAUUGAGAUGAAAUGAUUGAAGUGAGAACGAUGACGAUGAAGUAUUAUUGUUCAGUACGACAGGAACAUUUUAUUGUUAAAAGACAUUUCUAUGUUUUGCAUUUAACCACUGAAAUGAGAUGAUGGAGGUGUGAACGAUGACGCUGAAGUAUUAUUAUUCAGUACUACAAAAGCAAUAAGAGCUUACGAUGACAUCGUAAAAGUUUUGUCGGUCUUGAAGAUACAUUGUUAAAAAUGUUUCGAUAUUUUGAACACUUGCGAAUACAAAUGUAUACUGAAGUAUAGUUACAUAGAAUAAUCAUUAAGUAUUUAAAAUAUCCAGAGUAUAUCGAAAGAUUUAAAGAAUAUUUAUAGAUAAAAUGGUGUUAUCCGGGGCCGGCAAUGGCCCGCUUAAAUCCAGCUUGAAUUUUAAAUAACUCGGAAAAUAGUCACCCGAAUGAAGAGAAUUAUAUAUUUAUUAAAUAAGAAUUCUGAGACACACCAUCUCUGUAAAAUAACAUUUGCACAUUACGUAAAUUUUGUUAUAAAUAUGACACUACGACUAACUAAACCGAGAAAUAAAAGUCGAUCGGAUUUAAUUUCCAUCCAUCUGGAAAAAAGAGUACUUGAGAUGAAUUACGCCAUGAUGUAUCUAAUCAAUUAAUAUUCUCUGUGAAAUAUUAAAAAAGAGAUUACUUACAAUGAACAAAAAGUGCUACAAAUAUUCUUCAGAGCAAUACGGAAUUUAAAGCCCUAAACUGAUCAUCAGGGGCAAUAUGUAUUGGAAAAUUUCCUGAAAUCACGUUCAGGUAGACACACGAGUAAGAAAAAGAGCCAACAGCCUCCUUGCGAUAGCCAUCACCUGUCAAGACAGUGUUUUUACGAAUUAAAACAGUAAAUAUAAGCAACAUCCCAGGAUUAAGACGCACCCGUUGUUUCGACAGAUAUAUAAGAGUUCUGCAAAUCGAAGGCAGAGGUUAUUUCCAGUUUAAAUUUCUCGGUGUCGUUCCGUCGAACGAACCUCCCUUAUUCUAAUCGAGUAUUCGACGAUCCGUUAAAAAUCAUGACUUUGAAGCCCGAUUUAGAAGAACAAGGAGUGACUUCAAGAAAAAUAGAUCGCUUGGUGCGCCGCGCCCUUGAAAAGUCCAAUCGAAAAAUCGUGACCGUCAAGAUCCAACAAUUUUCUGCGGAAAAAGUUGGAUAUUUAGGCUUGCAUCUGCACGUUCGGGUGAUCACCCUGGACAAGGACUCGUCCCGCAAGGACACGCAGGAAUUUUUCGUCAAGACCAUUCCGUACCACAAUGUCGCCCAAGUCUACGUCAUAGAGGAGAGGAAUGCUUUUUCGAAAGAAGUGAUUUUUUUCGAUAAACUGGUGCCUCUCAUGAUGGAGGGGUAUGAUGGCGAGCCUUGGUGUGCCACUUGCUACGCAACAGAAGAGGAUACGUUGGUCCUUGACGACCUCAGGACCCGAGGCUUCACCAAUCGUUCUGGUCUCUUCGACGAGGAACUCGUCAAAUCUGCCCUAUCGUGCAUGGCAAGGUUUCAUGCGAGUUCUCUUCUGACGGAACAUCGUCUCCAAAAGAAGCUGAUGGAUAUGUACCCGAGGGCUUUCGAGGAGGGAUCUUUCCUAAGAACAGGAAAGAUUUACCAAUGGUUUAAGGCCGGAGUGGACCUCGCAGUGACUAUCGCCAAAAAGUUGGGUCUAGAUCCAGCAGAGAUACCAAGAGCUUGCGAGGAAGUUUUCCGUACCGUCGAGCCUUCUCCUACGAAAAAGAACGUAAUUUGUCACGCAGACAUUUGGAGCAGCAAUCUCGUGUUCGAUAAAAGCUCUCCACCUAAAUGUCGGAUUGUCGACUUCCAACUGAUUCGCUACAGUCCGCCCGUACAAGACGUCAUUUGUUUCAUGUACUUGACCACGAAUAGAGAUUUUCGGAAAGCUCAGGAAGUACCUAUGCUGCGACAUUAUUACUCGACCUUGGUCGAAACCAUGAAAGCUAACAACGCAUCGGUGGAGGUACCAACGUGGUCGGAGAUCGUAACAGCAAUGGAAGAGCAACGUCUAGGAGCUGUGGUAUCAGCCGUUAUAUUUUAUCCCACCGUGUUAAUGGAUAGAAAAAUUGCAACGAAAAUUUUCGGUGAUCCAGAAUCCUAUGCGAAUUUCGUAUACAACGACAGGCGGUCCACGGUUUUGGAAAUCAUGAAAAGCGAUAUGGAGUAUGCGAAGAGAAUCGAGGAAGCUGUGAAAGAACUCCACGAGUUCUCAACUAAAAUAGACCACCUCGCAGUACCCACUUAAUGACUGUACAUACAUGCUUGCGUAACUUUGUAUAAACAAAGCUUAUAGUAGUUGACGCAGGUAUUUAAUACUAUUUAAAAAUUACUUCUAACCAUUGGGAAAAAGAUCCUAAGGUACAUUGAGGUGAAGCGGAACCCCCCUCAAAUUAGUCGAUUCGAAUAAGACACUUGUCUUUAAGGGUGUUGCAUCGAACCGUCCGAAACUUUGACACACGAUUUGCGAUUACUUAAGAAUUGUCCUGACACAUUCAAAAUUUGGAUUUU